AUGCCUUGUUCGAUGAAUCGUGUGAUCGCAAUGUCAGGCGUACGUGGCACUGUAGGAAGAGUAGAAGUAGGACCUGGACAUGGGGUGGUACUGCUCCGUUUGAGAGGAGGGCAAACGGGGUUGAACAGAACUAUCGUCGUUCCGAGCAAGGAAUGCCCAUCCAUUCGGGAUGGACUGGAAGAGGCCUGCAUGAUUGACGAGCUCAAGCUGAAGCAAGGGGGAGAGGAAGAGACUUGGAUCAUCGGGAGGUGGAAGGUCUCGGAAGAGGGAGGGGGAAGCUUCAGUCGGCUCAAGAUCGCGGAAGCUCCAUCAGCCAAGGCGCCGACAACAGAAGAAGACGAUUUGAGCACGUUUGACAUCUCCGACUCCAAGUGGUCUUUCUACAAAGUUUGUCUGCACAAUAUCCAGGGAGUUGCUGUGGGUUGCAAGAGCAUCGCCAACGUGCUUAUGGACAACUGUCUAGUAGGAGGCGGUUCCCCAGAGCCCAACGGGCAGGCAAAGAUCGGUAUCAUCAUGAGCAACAGAUGCCGUCUGGAGCUCAACCAGAGCACUAUUGCCUGGUGCGAAAACUUUGGGGUUGACAUCGAUGCGCAGACGCACAUGCAGCUCCUGCAAUGCUCCGGCUCGGCAGGAUUGGAAUUCAGGUCGGCGAUGGCUGUGUCGCCGACAUCCAGGAAUGUGAAUUCGAAAAUGCCGAUCGACGAGAGGGCACGUUACACGUCGCAGAUCUUCCUGCGCAACAGCUCCAUGGAUCGGAAUGUCUGGUUUGGAGGGAGAAGGCCUGUCCGCAACAGGAACGACCCUGAGGAUCUGGUGGGAGACAGCACCUGGUCCUCGGAGAAUCAGAGGAGAGAGUCUGAGAUGUGA